ACAGGUUCAAGAAGUGGUUUUCGUUUCCUUUUUCUCAACUGAAACUGAAGCGCCUUUACGAAAACACUCUCCCUGCCUCUCUGGUCUGGUCUGGAGAGCAUCGAUAACUAGCCGUAGUUUGUGCUUCGUCGGGCGGAAAAGCAAAUGGAUCCCGCCAGGGUGAAUUCUCCAAGCACGUGUACAGUAACCCUUGAGGUUUUGGGGCACAAAUUAAGUUUUGCUCAGGAUCCAAACUCGAAGCAUCUAGGAACAACCGUGUGGGAUGCAUCCAUGGUGUUUGCCAAAUAUCUGGGGAAAAAUUGCAGGAAGGGAAGGUUUAGUCCGUCUAAACUGAAAGGGAAACGUGUUAUUGAGCUAGGAGCGGGUUGCGGCGUAGCUGGAUUUGCUUUGGCGAUGCUGGGCAGUGAUGUGGUUUCAACUGACCAGAAGGAGGUAUUGCCACUGCUAAAGAGGAACGUAGAA